AAGGCGAGAAUUGCAAUCGGCGCGUUUCCAUUGAAGGUUAUCCGAGUUGCUCAGCUCUCUGACAAUCAGUACGUUAGCAGCCGUGAUAGCCGUUGGUCAGUCGGUUGGUUGGUUGUUUGUUCGGUCAAUCAGUCAGUCAGUCAUUCGUUAUGCCUGUCGUUGCGUAAACACAUAGCUCGCGCGCCGUGUACACUACAUCUACACUCGUGCGUGCACACAAAACACACGCCCGUCGCCGAAAAACGAGCGAGCCUUUCGGGGUUCCGCUCGACGUCUCUCGUCGCGCGCGAGUGCCGUCCGUCGGGGUAUGUCGUCGCCGGGGGCCGUGCAAAGCGGUAAAAUGUUGCUGUUGGCCGAUCGAGAUCAUCCGCUGACAAAUAGGUGAAGAUGGAAGAUGACGCUGACCUCAGGGAACAGUUGUUUCACAAUACCGUGCGCGAGAACAUUAUAUUCCUGCUGCUUUUCUUGUUGCUGUACAUCUCAAGUUAUGCGCUGAUUGCGCGCUUCAGACGCCGGGAUCGCGAAGAUUACCUGUCGGUGGACGAAGAUGAGGCCACCGUGUACAGGAUCAGCCUCUGGCUGUGUACGGUUGCCCUCGCAGUUUCCAUUGGCGCGACCCUUCUACUUCCGGUGUCUAUCGCUAGCAAUGAGGUUCUCAUUCUCUAUCCGAAGAGCUACUACGUCAAGUGGCUCAAUAGUUCCCUCAUCCAAGGUCUGUGGAAUCACGUGUUCCUGUUCUCGAAUCUGUCACUUUUCGUGUUUCUGCCUUUCGCCUAUCUCUUCACGGAGUCGGAAGGUUUCGAAGGCCAUAAAAAAGGCGUGAUGGCGAGGGUAUACGAGACGGUGACAGUUCUCUGUCUCUUGGGUGCUCUCGUUCUGGGAAUGACCUACGUCCUGUCGGCCCUGUUGGAUUAUCAAAACUCAAGUUUACACACGUUGCUCAAUUUAUGGAGUUACUAUUUACCUUUCUUGUACUCCUGCGUUUCAUUUGUCGGCGUAGUGAUGUUAUUGGUAUGUACUCCAGUGGGAUUCGUACAACUGUUUGACGUAGUGGGGUCGUUUCUCGUUAAACCCCAGUUUCUGAAAAACCUAGAUGAUGAGUUCUUCGCGUAUAGAUUAGAAGAGGACUGUAUUCGCAGAAGGUUGCAGCAUGUGAAAAUCACAGGAAAGUCGUACGUAUCGCCGGCGCCAAUGUCACCGGCAUCGAGUUGCAGUUGGUCGAUACAAGAGGAGGACGAGUCGCUAUUGUGCAUUAAUCCGGGUCUGCUCUGUCUAAGGAACGGUGCUCUGCAGAAAGGCCUUUUUCAACGAUUAGAGGAUGUUAAGAACCGGCGACAAUUAUUAGAUCAGCAGCGAAGAACCUGGUGGGUUCGGCGUACAUUACUUUACCCAGUAGCAAUGUUGACAUUGCUAUUUCUAUCUACCGCCACGGCCCUAUUAGCGGUGCAAAACACCAUAGAGUUGCUGAUAGGCAUUAAGGCGCUGCCGUUGAGCACGAGGCAAUUUACGCUCGGCAUCAGCUCCCUGUCCAAGCUUGGACCCGUCGGUGCGGCUAUCGAAGUAGCAGUGAUCCUUUACUUGGCCGUAACCAGCGCGAUCGGCCUGUAUUCCUUACCAGGCGUGAAAAAUGUUCAACCAAGGUUUCGCUCCACGCCGCUCACCCAUAUCAUCGCGAACUGCGCCCUUUUACUUGUGCUCAGUUCGGCGUUACCGCUUUUAUCGCGAAUACUAGGAUUGACAAAUUUCGAUCUGUUGGGUGAUUUCGGACGCAUCGAGUGGCUUGGUAACUUUAAACUUGUGCUCUUUUACAAUUUAAUCUUCGCAACAGCGGCGAUAGGCUGUCUGGCCACUAAGUUCACAGCGACCGUACGCAAAGAAAUCUGCGCCCGUUUAAGAAGCAGUCUGCUCGGCAUCUUCAAAACUACCAGCAUCGCCACCGAAGCGAAGAAAUAUUCACCGUCAUCAGGGAUAUUGUCUACAAAGGAAGAUUAGACUGAUUCGUUAUAUUAUUAUAUAAUUAAUAUAAACAAAGAGAGAGAAAAGAGACGCCGGGACCUUGCGAAAGUUUGCUUGGUUUUUACGUUCUUGCAUGCCGUAGAAUUACAGAAAAUUCUCGAGCUUCUCGAAAACGCGAGGAAUUUAUGUAGGAAUAAUUUCAGUUCUCGAGUUUAAAAAUCUUUGCGUCAAUCCGUCAAUACUCUUGAACUCUUAAAUUCCUGAAUCGUUAAAUUCUUAUGUGUUCGUGCUCGAGAUGCUAUUCUCGCGUUUUCGAAAUUCUGAAACUGUGUGGCUUUUAAUUUUUUAAGAAUUUUUGAAUCUAAAUAUAUGACAAUAUAUUUAAAUAUAUAAUGGCGCUUUGCAUCGUGUCUGAGAAAUUGGCUUCUCCAAGAAACUGAAUAGAUUUUGUGAAGUUUCUCCACAUUAGCAAAUCACCGGCGAAUUAUUCGUUAGUGACUCUUAAAUGUAAUUUGGAGCGUCCUUUUCUUACACCUAGACACUCUUUUAUUCUUUUAUAUUUGGUGUAUUUUUACUCACACCAUCAAAUAUUGUUGCACUGAAGAGCCGACGAAACUUUCGUGAGAGCCUAAAAGUUAUCGCUUCGACCCGAGUAAGCGAAUGCUAGUGAUUAUUUGUAAUUAAAAUGCGUGAGGCCAGUCAAAGAUGUAGCUCAGUAAAGACAACGAGGCGAUCACAUAAUGCGUAGCGCUAAAAAAAUAUUUAUUUAUUACAUUUAAUACUAUUUUUAAGAAUAUAUUUAUGUCCGGAUUCAAAAUGAGGAUCCAGCAUAUCGAACGAAUGUAUAUGUAUUUGUGUUUCAAGCGAAUUAACGGAUGUGAGGAGGAUUGUAAGGAGGAUGCGAUUAACAUUUAGCUUAUGUAGAGUGUUUGGCAAAAAUCCUCCGUGGAAAGAAAUCUUCGAUGAAUGUUUAUUUGCCUUUAAAUACCCCCAUUUUACAAUCUCCAGUCGUCGUACAUUAGAAAAAAAUACAAUUUCAACUUAUGUAAUAAGUUUUAAUGAUUGUUUGAAGUAAAAAAACCUAAGAAAUAUUAUUAGCUAGAUUGAAACAUAAAAGCGUAUGGAAUUGUUUAAUGACGUCUCACGCAAAAUAUGAAAUGUUCUUAGACUGAAUGAAUUGCAAUAAAUUGAGAUUUUAGGAGAAUUAUACUAUAAAUAUACUCUGUAUAAAGUGUGUACACAUCAUACAACAAAUUGCACUAUUAAGAUAUUUGCGAUGGAAUGAAGUAAACUGUUUUAUAUAAACAGAGAGAUAGAAAUUAUGAAAUUUCAAAAAUAUCUUUUUUAAAAAAAUCGCCUUGAAGCCUUUGAAUGAUGUCAUAGACAACAGUUUUUUCAUUUUACAAUAUUCCAUAAAUAUAAAGACUCAGUUUAUUUAUUACAUUAGACGAAAAUUUUCUAUCAAAACAUUAAGACAGUCUAUGCUUUAUGUAUCUCUAAAUCUGUCAUUUUUACAGAUAUCUAUCAUAGACAUUUUUUAAUCAUAAGCGGCUUUGUCAUGCCGUUAUAAUUUAUCCUCUCUCGUUUUAAUUUAUCCGUUUUAAUUAUAUAAUAACAUGCGAAGAAAAUAACGAAAUAUCCUUAGUCUUUUAUAUUUACACUUUCAAAACUGUACAAAGUGAAAUUAAAUAGACAUAUAAUUCAUAAA